GCCCGGUCCAAGCGCUGGAGAUUGGACAUGUCAUACAACUGACUGGGCUCGCAGAAGCACAACACAACGUACUUUGUUUUGGCGCCGUCUGAUAACCCUCUGGCUUGUGCCCGUCCACUCCUUUUUAAUUUUGUCGUUUCCUUACAUCCACAUCCACACACACACACACACAUCCACACACACACACACAUCCACACGCUGUUAUUCUGUGCACGCUCCCCGCCAGCCACGGUCCAUGAGCACAUGCAGCGCGGGCAUCCGGCGCAUCCCAGACUAAGCUCGUCCCCCAUCGCCCCUUGGCUCUGUGGCGCACCAAAGAGCCAGAGCCAGAGCCGCGGACAGGACGACGGGGUGACUUCUGCCCUCGCUCGCAAUUCACUUUGAUAAAUUGGCCAUCACCGCCGCGCACCACGGCCGUUGAGCGCUUCCCACGACUGCAUGCUGGCCGAUUCGGGCUCGUUGCCGUCAUGAGCAACAUCAAGACACGGCUGCAAAAGGCGCGGUCCAAGUUCUCGCGCCGCAACAGCGAGGCGUCAACGAGAGCACGCUCGAUAGCAUCGUCGGCGGGCAGCGACCGGCAUGGCCACGCGCCGCCACCACCGCUGAGCAGCCCGUUGCGCAAGAGCGUGUCGCUGCCAAAGUUGGCGGAGCCGGCGGCAUCCAAGGCGUUGCGGUCGGGGGCGCAUGUCGACGACGACGACGAGUCGAUGGUGGUGGGCAGAGCGGCGACCGAGAGUCAGGCCGACGCAGAAGCAAGCACCGGCAGCAUCAAUACGUCGAGAGACGGGCGGUCGAGCUGCACCCAAGCCAGCACUGCGCCCAGCAGCUCCCACGACGCCCGCAAGCCCUCCGCCGACGUGCCCAUUGUCUGCCCCCAGGUCACGCUCGAGGCUCCCACGCCCGUCCACCCCGGAGCGCCGCCUGCCGAGCUCGACCGCCCUGCCCUGCCCGACUCGCUUUCUUCAACUCCCUCGUCUGUCCCCGCAACCACAGCGACAACCACGUCGCUCCCCUCAUCGCCCACCCUCGCCCACCACCACUCCGCCAUCACCACCGCCUCUGCCGCCGAUGGUCGUCUAACUACCAACUUGCUCGGCCCUGACUCCUCCCCGGCCGCCACGCCCUUAGGCCCACCCACGGCCAUCAACCACGCUGGCGCGCCGCCGUCUACAGCCCGCACCCCCGGCAUGCUGCACCGCAAGAUCUGGGUCAAGCGGCCCAAUGCCUCGGCCACGCUCGUCCAGAUCAGAGAGGACGACCUGGUCGACGACGUGCGCGACAUGAUCCUCAAAAAGUAUGCAAACUCGCUGGGCAGGAGCUUCGACGCGCCAGACGUUACCCUGCGCAUUGUGCCCCGCGAUAGCCAACGCGCAGGCGAACGCACCCUGGGGCCCGAGGAGGACAUGUGUCACACCAUCGACGCCUACUUCCCCGGCGGUCAGACGGUCCACGAGGCCCUCAUCAUCGACGUGCCCUCGCGACGCACCCCCAAGCCAUCGCCCCGCGUGCCUCCCUAUUACCAUCAUGAAGACGGCAUCCACCAACAGACCGAGUACUUCCCCCCCAUGUCAGCCAUCACCCCCUCGCCAGCCAACAUGAGUGCCAGCCUGCAGCAUCCUCACGACAACCGUAUCCCCGUGCCCCACCUCCACUCCAUGUCCGUCCUAAACACCGGACAGCUACCUAACCUGCCAUCUCCCGGCGGCACACGGCGCGGGCCCAUGCAUCCACAUCGUCCCAAGUACAACAGAACACACACCGCCUCUCCUACCACCCUGGGCGGCGGUAUCCCCUCUUCUGCCACCUCUAUCCGCCCCGCAACCCGUCCACGGCACGACUCGUCAGCGUCCGAAGCGAAGAACUCGGCGGCCUCGAAUAACCCAAUACCCACACCUCCUGUGCCCGUCGAUCCUACGCCUCACCAGCAAACGCUUCAGACAUCGACUCCACCCACCCCGCGCAUCUCAUCACCGCAACUCAACACCAAGAAGAAGCGGAGAAAGGCCCCAGUAGAGCCGCCAGCCCUAUCUGCUGGACUGCUGGACGGAUCUGUGCCCCCUAUCAAUGUCUUAAUUGUCGAAGACAAUAUUAUUAACUUGCGUGUCCUGGGUGCCUUCAUGCAACGCUUAAAGGUUCGUUGGCAACGCGCAAUGAACGGAAAAGAGGCAGUCACUAAAUGGAAAGCUGGUGGAUUUCACUUGGUGCUCAUGGACAUCCAACUGCCCGUCAUGAACGGUCUCGAAGCAACAAAAGAGAUUAGGCGGCUGGAGCGUGUCAACGGUAUUGGUGUCUUUAGCAGUGGCAGCAGCGAAGCACCCAACACUCGGCUUGGAAACGACGGCAAAGGCCAAGACGAGCUAAGAGAGGACGACAAGCUAGGCGACAAGGGAAUGUUCAAGAGUCCAGUCAUUAUUGUCGCACUCACGGCCAGUUCGCUGCAAAGUGACAGGCACGAGGCUUUGGCUGCUGGCUGCAAUGAUUUCUUGACAAAGCCCGUAAACUUUGUCUGGCUUGAACGAAAAGUCAAGGAAUGGGGCUGCAUGCAGGCUCUGAUCGACUUCGACGGUUGGCGCAAGUGGAAAGACUUUGCCGAUAAGUCUGAGAACAAUGAUACCACUUCAAAGCUUUCCGGCAGUUUUACGAGCGUCGCCCCUAACAAAAAGGCUGCCAACGCCAGUCCUACUACGGCGACUUCAGAAACCAACGGCGUCAAGAAAGACGCUGAGACAGAGAGGAAAAAUAAGCGCAAGAGUCUGGGAGUAGUGCCGCAACCUGUGCUAAGAGAAGAGGCUGAACCACAGCCAGCUGAAGUCGACAGUGGAGACAACUAAGCUCCAUUAUUAACUCCUGUGAUACUGAGCAUCAAACCCCUACCUGGGGCCCUCUCUGCGAUUCGACGUGUCCUAAUAUCACAACUACUACUACUACCACCUCCAACCUACCACACACACACACUACUUACCAAUUACCAUAUUCACUUGGCUGUAAAUUGUCUUGACCAUUUUUCCUUGCAUUGUACGAGAACGACUAGCUCAAUUUCCUUGUGUCAGCAUUUCCAUCUUAUCAUACGUGCACCUGUCCGUCUGCCGGUCUUUUGGGCAAGCUUCUUCUGCACACCUAUCUUUAUGUAAUCCGGUUCUACAGUCCAGGGAAGGGAAGACUGGGCUCUUAUGUACAGGUACACGGUUUGAGCGCUCAAUUUGCGAUGAGUGUUUGUUUGUUAUAGCGUUGAAAGAUGCCGAGAGGUACGUGGUAUCCGCUCGCUCUUAAUGUUAAUUUUUGGAUUCCCCAUGCC